CGCAGAUAGCACACUCGGCGCGCGACGAGUGCAAUGUCGCACUGGCUGCGAUCUUCGUAUCAGGAAACAACCUACCGCACACCGUGGUACAUGCACGCAAAAAUGUCAGAGAUGCUGAUGUAGCUCUGUGACUCUGCAGUUUAUGCAUUGCGCCGAUGUAGCUAUAAAUCAUACACGUGAUGUUAAAUAUUUCAUAUAAGUUAACUUGCGAAGCUUACAGACGUACUGCGUUUCGUUUUGUUUGUUUACAGCAGCGUAACUAAGUCCAGAGGAACCUUCAUGACUCAGAGAGAUCAUAUAGCCAAACAGGUAUGAUUCACCUGACAGUCCGGUUUGACCACAUCUUGGCACUUGUACGUGCAACAAUCCUAGUAACGAAGAGAGCCGACCGGACCAAAUUUGGCAGUGAGUUAUUUAAGCAAAUUCUCUCUGCUGUAAUGAUUCUUUUUAAUAUUUAGUGGUACCACUAAGUAGGUAAGGCAGAUUUCUAAAGUUUGCGCGCCAUGAGAGCAAGAAGAGUCGUGAAGACUGUGCUAAGUGUGGAGCAGGACGAGGGUGACGGGGCCCGCGUCCGCCGGAGUAUCGGCCGAAAGGAGCUGAGGAACUUGGAUCCGUUUUUGAUGUUAGACGAGUUUAAUGUUAGCAAGCCGGCUGGGUUUCCUGACCACCCUCACAGGGGAUUUGAAACCGUGACCUACCUCUUACAGGGCGUUUCUGCUCAUGAGGACAGCUCUGGACACAGUGGAAGACUCGGCCCUGGGGAUCUGCAGUGGAUGACGGCGGGCCGCGGGGUGGUCCAUGCGGAGAUGCCCGUGUCCGAUGAGCCCGUCUGUGGUCUCCAGCUGUGGGUGAACCUCCGAGCAGCUGACAAGAUGGUGGAGCCACAGUACCAGGAGAUUAAGAGCAGGGAUGUGCCUAAGCCCAGCCAGGGAGGAGUUACCGUGGCCGUCAUCUCUGGGGAGGGACUGGGAGUCAAGUCCAAAGUCUACACAAGAACCCCAACAACUUAUCUUGACUUUAAACUGGAUUCUGGCGCAAAGCACACUCAAGCAGUGGCAUUAGGGUGGACAUCAUUCAUCUACACUCUUUCUGGAUGCCUCUAUGUUGGUCCUGAAACUGAUCAGAGGAAAAUAGACCCUCAUCACACAGUGGUGUUGGAUGAUGGUGACUGUGUUGUCGUUGAAAAUAAGGGAUCUGAACUUUGCCACUUUGUGCUGAUUGCUGGAGAACCAAUCAAUGAACCCAUUGUCCAACAAGGUCCUUUUGUUAUGAAUACAGAAGAAGAAAUCAAUCAAGCAAUCAAGGACUUUCGUUCUUGGACCAAUGGGUUUGAGGGGGCAAAAUAUUGGCGAUCAAAAAUAGGGAAUACCUGAAUUAGCUACUACUAGGUUUACUAGUAACCAUGUUGAAGAAUGAAAGACUCACUGUGUGUUCUUGAACAUUAAUCUCAGUGCUAUAUUAAUGUAACUUUAAUUAUAGAGCCUGAUCUUAAUGGGUUGAUAAAUUUGGCUUCUUAUAUCUUUACAUAAAACUAAAUGAGCUAUGGUGUAAUAUAUCUUUUUAUAUAAUUUGUCUAUAAUUCAUUUAGAAAGAAAAUGUAUGAAACCACUAUUUUUAAAAGAAUUGCAACAUCAUACAGCUGUUUCACUGUUGAAUUUUUGUCUAUGAGAGCACUGUGUAAUAUAUGGUGUUAGAUGGGCUCUGCAGUUAAACCCUUCCUUUGGAACCUGGAGUAGGACUCGGUGACAGAUGAAUGUGUUGAUAUUUAAUAAAUCAUGCCUCGUGUGUAAUAA